AUGGGCAAACCGACCAAAGGAUCGGAAACAUCUUCUAAAUCUGAUAAGAAAUUCGAGAAGAAGCUUCAGUUUUACACAAAGGUCAAAGAUACACUUACGUCUUUGUCUGUCCAAAAGGAGAUUGGAAAGAAGAAGAAAAUCGGUAGCCGUCAAAAGAAGCUAAAGGCGUAUGAUCUCUCUAAUCUCUCGGAGUUUCUUCCGGAGUUUGAUGCUUCGCAGAAAUCAGCUCUUCCUGCACCCGACUUGAAGAUGAAUUGCAAAAGGCGACAACAGCUCACAUUGACGGAAGGAGAAAGAUUGAACAAGGUUCUGGACCAUCCAGCUUUCCAAUCCGAUCCAGUUGAAAAAUGGAGCCAGACUCAGAACAUCAUCAAUCUUCAAAUUUAA